CGCAACCGUGUUCGUUACCAAGAAACAUAAUAAAAAAGGCAAGCUUUCCUUUUCUUGCUUUCGAACAACACGUUACUGUCUUCCUCUUCAGACCAGCAAACGUUACUGUUACAAAAGGUUUUUCUGUUCUCUCGCCCAUCUCCAAAGAAACGCACUUUCUUCCUUAUCUCCAUAUCCGCCGAGAAAAAAAAAAAAGAAAAUCAGCUUUACCAUUUCUGUGAAUUCCCCAUCUCUUUAUAUUCCCUUCUAUAAAAUCCCCUUUCAAUUAAUACCCAUAUUUUUUCUUUGCCUCAAUUCUUAAUCAAAGUUCUUUAAUACCCAGGAACUUUUUUUUCUUUUUUUAUCAUGCUUUUCUUCAAACUUUUCCUUCUCUUCUCCUUAUUAUCUUCCACUUUCUGUCACGAGACUUUCAACGCCCACCUUCUCCCGAGACCAUUAAUCAUACAAUACCCAGAAGGCAUCGAAACCCAGUUCGAGAAUUUCGAUGAAGAGCUCCAAUUACAGUGUACCAGCUGGAGAUUUACCGUGGAAACCAACAACUUGAGUCCCUGGAAGACAAUUCCGGAGAAAUGUGGGGGCUAUGUUAAAGACUACAUGACGGGUCGAGGUUAUACGAUGGAUCUCGAAAGGGUUGCGAAUGAGGCUGGGGUUUACGCCAAGAGCGUGGAGCUGAGUGGUGAUGGAAAAGAUGUUUGGGUUUUUGAUAUCGAUGAGACUUUACUGUCCAAUCUUCCUUACUACGCUGAGCAUGGUUAUGGCUUGGAGAUUUUUGAUCCUGUCGAGUUUGAUAAGUGGGUUCAGAGGGGGAUGGCACCAGCAAUAGACCCCAGCCUGAAACUCUAUGAGAAGGUUUUAGAUUUGGGCUUCAAGGUUUUCUUACUGACUGGGCGAAGUGAAGAGCAAAGGUCUGUUACCAUUGAAAAUUUGACCAAAGCAGGGUUUCAGAGUUGGGACAAGCUUAUUUUACGAGACUCUGAAGACCAUGGCAAGCUAGCGACAGUAUUUAAGUCAGAAAAGAGGAGUAAGAUGGUUGAAGAGGGAUUUAGGAUUCUUGGUAACUCUGGGGAUCAAUGGAGCGAUUUAUUGGGCUCCUCGCCGUCCAGUCGUUCAUUCAAGUUACCAAAUCCUAUGUACUACAUUCCCUAAUAGAACCCCUCUGUUUUCAGUCAGCAAGCCUGAAUAAUUCUUGUCUAAAACCAGCAGGAAUUUUAUUCUUGUAACUUGUAAAUACAUUCAUGCCCAGCAACUAUACUGCAAUAGACACCAAUGCACAAUUAAUUAACAAAAAGAAAAAGUGAUUGAUAGUAUGUUAUAGUGGAAGGAAUUAUUUUCCAUUUAUA